AAUAUCUGCGAACAGUGUCCUGGUCAAAUCAGGGAGAUGCCACGACGUCCUCAGGAGGCGAAAGACCUCCUCGGCGCUGUCGAUGUCGGUGUUGCCGCGGGAUCGCCCCAUGCCUGCCCGGAUCAAGGAGGAGACGGAGCCGCCCGAGGGCGGAGGGGGGGUCGCUCCCCUCCCCGCCUCCCCCCCGCCCCGGCCGCCCCCACCCCUGCCCCCUGUGCCCCAAGUCCUUCCGCUACCCCUCCCAGCUGCGCCUGCACCAGCAGCGCCAUGCCCGGCGGGCGCGGCCCCCCCCCACCCCCCUGCCCCUCCUGCGGCCUGCUGCUGCCCGACGGCCCCUCCCUGGCCUCCCACCGGCGGCGGGCACACCCCCGCCGCUCCCACCCCUGCCCCCUGUGCCCCCGGGCCUUCGCCUACCCCUCCCAGCUGGCAGCCCACCGGCGCUCCCACACCGGUGAGCGCCCCUGCCCCUGCCCUGCCUGCGGGAAGUCCUUCGCCGCCCUGUCCGCCCUGCGCCGGCACCUCCUGGUGCACACCGGCGAGUGUCCCCACCCCUGCCCCGAGUGCGGCCGCGCCUUCACCCAGUCCUCCCACCUCAAAGCCCACCGGCGCACCCACCUGCUGCCCCCGCCCCGUCACCGCCCCUCCUCCCUGCGCCCCCGUGGUCUGCGGACCCCCGCUCCCCCCACCCGGGACCACCCCUGCGGACUGUGCCCCCGCACCUUCCGCUACCCCUCCCAGGCGGCCGCUCACCGGCGCUCCCACACCGGCGAGCGCCCCUUCGGCUGCCCCCUGUGCGGCAAGGGCUUCGCCGUGCCCUCCAAGCUGCGGGCCCACCAGCGGGCCCACACCGGCGAGAGGCCCUACUGCUGCUCCCUGUGCGGCAAGGGCUUCGCCCAGUCCUCCGCCUUGCUGCGGCACCAGCGCACCCACACCGGCGAGCGCCCCCACCGCUGCCCCCACUGCGGCCGGGGCUUCGGGCAGCCCUCCCACCUCAAGGCCCACCUGCGCACCCAUGGGGGCCCCUACAUCUGCACUGCCUGCGGCCGGGGUUUCCGCCGCUUUGGCUCGGUGGCCGCCCACCACUGCGGCCCACGGAGCUCUGGGGGUGCCCUCUGCCCCACCUCCUCCUCCUCCUCCUCCUCAGCGGCCCAGCCCCACCCCUGCCCCUGCUUCCCGCCCCUGUCCUGCUCCGGACGCGACUCCCGUGUUCCUGGAUCUCAGCCCUGCCCUUGUCCCUGUUUUCCCAACCAGACCCCCUCCGGACAAGACACCCGGGAUCCCGAAUCCUGUUCCUGUUUUCCUACCCAGUUGGGACAAGACACCCGGGAUCCCGAAUCCUGUCCCUGUUUUCCUACCCAGUCGGGAGAGGACUCCUGGGUUCCCGGAUCCCACCACUGUCCCUGCUUCCUGCCCCGGUCCGGGGAGGGGAGCCCGGCUCCCGAAUCCCAUCCCCACAUCUGCCCCUGCUUCCCGCCCCAGUCUGGAGAGGACGUCUGGGCCCCCGAGUCCCGGCCCUGCCCCUGCCCCUGCUUCCCGCCCCAGUCUGGUGAGGGGAGCUGGGCUCCCGAAUCCCAGCCCCGCUUCUCUACCCAAUCCGGAGAAGAUGCCCCGGCUCCCGAAUCCCAUCACCGCCCCUGUCCCUGCUCCCUGCCCCAGUCCGGAGAGGGGAGCCCAGCUGCUGAGUCCCAUCCCUGUCCCUGCUUCCCUUCCCAGUCAGGAGACGUCCCGGCUCCCGAGUCCCAUCCCCGCCCCUGUCCCUGCUUCCCUUCCCAGUCCGGAGAGGGGAGCCCAGCUCCUGAGUCCCAUCCCCGCCCCUGUCCCUGCUUCCCUUCCCAGUCAGGAGGAGACGAGACGUCCCAGCUCCUGAGUCCAUCCCCGCCCCUGUCCCUGCUUCCCUUCCCAGUCCGGAGAGGGGGAGCCCAGGCUCCUGGAGUCCCAUCGCCGCCCCUGCUUCCUGCCCCAGUCCGGAGAGGGGAGCCCGCCUCCUCCCCCCGCCGCCACCACCAGUGCCCCUACUGCCCCAAGCGGUUCCCCUAUCCCUCCCGGCUGGCCCUGCACCAGCGCACCCACACCGGCGAGCGCCCCUUCCGCUGUGGCGCCUGCGGCAAGGGCUUCGCCGUCUCCUCCGCCCUGCUGCGGCACCGGCUGAUCCACGCCGGCGAGCGCCCCUAUGAGUGCCGGGACUGCGGACGGGCCUUCACCCAGUCCUCUCACCUCAAGACCCACCGGCGGGUGCACGCCGGGGGUCCCGGGACCCCCCGCCACCAACCCCAUUGCUGCCAGUCUUGUGGCAAGGGCUUCCGGGCCGCCCGCGGUCUGUCCCGCCACCUGCGCUCCCACCAGCCCAAUCCCCCCCCCCCGGGGACAGUGCCCCCCGAGCGCCCCCACCGCUGUCAGUCCUGCCCCAAGGCCUUCCGCUACCCCUCCCAGCUGAUGGCCCACCAACGGGCCCACUCCCGCCCCCGCCCGUCCUCCGCUGCCGAUGCCCCUCCCCGCCACCGCUGCCUGCUGUGCCCCAAGGCCUUCCGCUACCCCUCCCAGGCCGCCAAGCACCUACGGGCCCACACCGGCGAGCGCCCCUUCCGCUGUGGGCUGUGCGGCAAGGGCUUCGCCGUCUCCUCCGCCCUGGGCCGCCACCGACUGGUGCACACCGGCGAGAGGCCCUACCGGUGCCGGGAGUGCGGACGGGCCUUCUCACAGUCCUCCCACCUCAAGACCCACCAGCAGAGGGUCCACGGGCUGCCGCCAGAACUGAGGACCGAGGGCCCCAGAAUAGGACGAGUUCUCUCGGGAGGGAGGGAGCGGGACGGUUUUGUUCUCACGCCCUCCCUCGAUGCCCUGGGAUUUGAGGGGCGAGGUCUCUCUCUCUCCCCCCCCUCACCUCCCCACACCCAUCGCUGUCCACCCCAGAAAGAGAAAGAGAGGGGAGCCGGUGGGGUUAUGACCUCCCAGGGAGAGGUCGUCGGAGAAGGUCGCGCAGGGUUACGACCUCUUCCCCCCACCCCCCACGCUCACGGAGUACUGUCGUGUUUCUGUGAUGUUUGCAAAGCUAGGAAUGCCAGCAGUCGUUGCUCGUUGCCCCUCGGGCUGGGGGGGUGGUUUCACCCCCGACAACUGACACAGUCUGUGAGUAGAAUCCAGUCCUCCUCCGCUCCAUCUCUCCUCGUCGUGAAAGCUCGCUAUCCCUGGAAUUGGGAAAGUGAGAAAAAUAACCCUGCAGAUCCUGGAAAUCUGAAACAAAAGCAGGACGCUGGAAACACUCAGCAGGAGAUGGAGCCGACGGCGGGGUCCGCGAGCGGCGGAGAGAACGCCAACUACCAGUGCUCGCUGUGCGGCAAGCUCUUCCGCUGGGCCUGCGUGCUGGAGUCUCACCAGCGCUACCACCGCGGCGAGCGGCCCUUCGAGUGCGGCGUGUGCGGCAAGGCCUUCGUCACCUCCAGCAACCUGACCGACCACCGGCGGGUGCACAGUGGCUCCAAGCCCUUCGGCUGCCGGCUCUGCGGCAAGAGCUUCGUCUCGUCCAGCAACCUCAUCGCCCACCGGCGCACCCACACCGGUGAGCGGCCGUACAAGUGCACCGUCUGCGGCAAGGGCUUCGCCGCCUCGCCCAACCUGGCCGUCCACCAGCGCAGCCACACCGGCGAGCGCCCCUUCGGUUGCCGCCUCUGCGGCCGGGCCUUCGCCGAGGCGGGCAAGCUGUCACGGCACCAGCUCACCCACAGCGGCGAGAGGCCACACCGCUGCCCCGAGUGCGGACGGGGUUUCCUGGAGUCGGGGAAGCUGGCGCAGCACCGGCGGCUGCACACCGGCGAGCGGCCCUACCCCUGCGGCGCCUGCGGCAAGGCCUUCGUCACCUCCGGCAACCUGGCCGCCCACCAGCGCACCCACACCGGCGAGCGGCCCUUCCGCUGCGCCGCCUGCGGCAAGGGCUUCGUCACCUCCAGCAACCUGGCGGCCCACCAGCGCACCCACACCGGCGAGCGGCCCUUCCACUGCGCCGCCUGCGGCCGGGGCUUCGUGGAGUCGGGCAAGCUGUCGCGGCACCUACGGGUGCACACCGGCGAGAAGCCCUUCCAGUGCGGGCAGUGCGGCAAGCGCUUCACCCGGGCCGUCUCGCUGCGGGCCCACCAGCGGGCGCAUGCUGGCACCUCUGGUGCCCCCUGAACAACCGUUUGCACACCGGGACCAGGGCCCGGUGGAGACUGCAACCUCUGCAACGCUGCAGCUGUUCGGACGCCGGGACUGUUGUAGUUGGAGAUGCAACCUCUGCAACGCUGCAGCUGUUCGGACGCCGGGA